GCUUCCACUUUUCUCAGACCACAGAUUUAUGAACUUCAUUAGAUUACCUUACACUACCUUACACUCUUAUAAUAAACAAAUAGACAAGAUAUUGUCUUCUAUACAUAUUCAGUGAAUGCUAACGACCCCACUUACUCAUCGUUACCAUAAAACAUGCUUUCCACCUCCGAGGCCUACCAGGGCUACAAGUUAGCCAACCAGGUUAAACACAAGUUGACCAGAACUGCCAGAAACCCUAACGCGGAUUUGAGGGUUUUGGUUACCCAGGCCAACCUUCUUGACAGAUUGUUGGACAGUUUGUCCUCCUCGGUCUGCGACUCUUCUUCUGACGACUCCUCCGACUCUGACGUCGAGGUGGAUGUGGAAGUUGAUGCGGGCCCGUCUGUUCACUUUGAAAUUCCAGCACAACGUGAGCAAUCCACUACUGUCACUUGCUACGAAGUCGAUUCCGAUGGCGAAUCUGACUACGACUCCCAGAGUGACUACGAUGAUGACGAGUACUACGACGAUGACGAAUACUACAACGACUCCGACAUUGAAGACGACGCGGGCGAAGACUUCAACAAAGGUGUUGCUUCUUUCAACCCGUACACCUUCAGCCACCAUAUUUCCAGAGUGCUUACUCCCGUGGUGGAGGAAGAGGAAGAACAAGAACCUCAUUUGACUUACAGUUCCGGAACAGACUCCGAGUCCGAUUCUUCUGGUCAUCACAAUGAAUAUACAUACGCCAAGGACCGCUCUACCACUGACACUACACGUUCGAUCAGUGCAAACAAUAACGUCGAAAGCUUGAUGGGUAAACAGCUACACAUGCAGUCGAGUGACCACCAAAUGGUUCUUCUGAAUUCACUUAUUAUUGAAGGAUACUAAUUUCACUUCCAUGCUCACGACUUAUGACUCCUUGAUUUCACGACCCAUUAUUCCAGGAUUUUUUUAGCUUAUGAUAUCUGUCAAGCACUGGGAGUGUUUCUCCCCUUGUACAUACACUUCUUGCCUUUUGACUUACUAUGACCUUUUUACUUACGACCUAUGUUUGCCUUUUGGCCUGCUUCCAGCUGCCUUACGAUAUUUAAUCAUAUGACUAAUCCGCUAAAGCAUUUGUAAGCUUGUAUUAAUUUAGCUUUAUCAACAGUUGAUCGCCACAGUCGGUGGCUUCCAACAGAUU